UUCGUCGAUUCAAAUAGAAAGAUAAUGCUCUAGAGAUAUGGCUGGCGCAGUUGUUGUGCUCGACAAUGGGGCAUACACAGCCAAGGUGGGCCUGGCGAACCAGGAGGAGCCGCGAGUUGUCCCAAAUUGCGUAAUGAAGGCCAAGAGCGAGCGGCGGCGGGCGUUUGUGGGUAAUCAAAUCGAAGACUGCCGCGAUACCUCGGCCCUGUUCUACAUCCUGGCCUUUCAGCGUGGCUACCUGCUAAACUGGGAGACCCAGAAGACUGUGUGGGACUACAUCUUCAGCAAGGAGGGCAUCGGAUGCAGCCUGGAAAAUCGGAUCAUAGUCAUAACGGAACCGCAGAUGAACUUUCCCAGCGUGCAGGAGGCAAUGCUGGAGAUGCUCUUCGAGCAAUAUCAUGUGGCCGGUGUUUAUAAGACGACGGCAGCCGAUCUGGCGGCCUUUAACUAUGUCACCGACAGCAAGGAGCGCACCACGAUGCAGACCCUCAACUGCAUUAUCAUUGAUGUUGGCUACAGCUUCACCCACAUUGUGCCGUUUGUGCUGGGCAGGCGAGUGCUUGAGGGCAUUCGUCGCAUCGACAUGGGUGGAAAGGCGCUGACUAAUUACCUGAAGGAACUCAUCUCCUACAGGCAGCUGAACAUGAUGGACGAGAGCCAUGUGGUGAACCAGAUCAAGGAGGAUGUCUGCUUUGUGGCCGAGGACUUCAAGGAGGCCAUGCGGGUGCAUCAGUGCGAGCAGAAGCGCAAGGAGGUGGCCGUCGACUAUGUCCUGCCCGACUUUACGACCAACAAGCGUGGCUAUGUCCGGAUACCGGCGCGGCCACGCAUGGACGAGGAAACAAUGCAGACAGUGCCGCUGUGUAACGAACGCUUCACCGUGCCCGAGCUGCUCUUCAAUCCAUCGAACAUUGGCAUCCAACAGGUGGGCAUACCGGAGGCGGUGGUCGAUUGCCUGAAGGCCUGUCCCUGGCAGGCCCAUCGCGAGCUCUUGCUUAACGUUCUGAUUGUGGGCGGCAGUGCUCAGUUUCCCGGCUUCCUGCCGCGACUCAAGAAGGAUCUGCGCGCUCUGGUGCCCCACGAUCUGGAGGUGUCGUACAUCUGCCCCAAGGAUCCAGUCCGCUAUGCCUGGUACGGCGGCAGGAAGGUGGCCAAGAGUGCCAAUUUCAAAGAAUUAGUCUACACGCGCGACGAGUACGAGGAAUUUGGAGUCCAUGGGAUAAACCAGCGGUGAACGGGAUUUAUUUUUACCAGAAAAUGAGAACCUACCAAAUGUAUUUACGUGAGCACCCUUCUUAUUUUUAAAAACAAACCUAAGAUCGCUAUCGAUACGAUAUACAGUGCGAUGCCUUUUAAGCGACUUAAUUCAAAUUACACAAAAACAUUCCAUAACCGUAACCGUAACACUUCGUUUAAUAAAUAUUUAGCCGAUUUCGUGUUAAUACACAUA